UGAAAAUGACCACAAACAGUUAAUGGAGAAGAUUGAGAACAUUGUUCAUCAAAACAGAGAAACCUUCCUCACUAUCACUGGAGAGACCAGAAGACCAAAGUCUUUAAACUUGGUUCUGUGUGGGAGGAGAGGAGCAGAGAAGAGUUCAGCAGCCAAGGCCAUUUUAGGUCAGACAGAGCUUCAUUCAGUCUCCAACUCAUCAGUGUGUGUUAAACAUCAGGGAGAGGUGUGUGGACGUUGGGUUUCUCUGGUGGAGCUGCCUGCCUUGUAUGGAAAACCUCAGGAGGCAGUGAUGGAGGAAUCACUCAGGUGUAUCUCCCUCUGUGAUCCUGAGGGUGUCCAUGCCUUCAUCCUGGUCCUACCUGUGGGUCCCCUCACCGAUGAAGACAAGGGAGAGUUAAAGACCAUCCAGAACAUGUUCAGCUCUCAAGUCAAUGACUUCAUCAUGAUUCUGUUCACUGUGGAGUCAGAUCCUACAUCUCCAGCUGUUUCUGACUUUAUAAAAAAGAACAGAGAGAUCCAGGAGCUCUUUCAGAGCUGUGGAGGAAGAUACGUUGUUCUCAACAUCAAGAACAAGCAACAGAUCUCUGAUGUGUUGGAUACUGUGGAGAAGAUGAGAGAUGAAGGAUCCAGAUGCUUCACAAAGGACAUGUUCACUAAAGUUCAGAUGGAGAAGGUUACAAGACUUAAAGCUGAACUGCAGAAUGUGACACAAAGAAGUGAGGAAGAAAAUCAGAGCAGAGAGAGUCUCAGGAUAGUGCUGAUUGGGAAGACUGGCAGUGGAAAGAGUGCAACUGGAAACACUAUUUUGGGAAAGCAGUUUGAAUCCAGAGCUAGUCAAAGAUCAGUGACUAAAUUUUGUCAGAAAGCAACAGGAGAGAUUGAUGGACAGCCUGUUGUUGUGGUUGACACUCCCGGCUUAUUCGACACAACUCUGUCCAAUGAUGAAGUUCAAAAGGAGCUUGUGAAAUGCAUCAGCUUGUUGGCUCCUGGACCUCAUGUAUUCUUACUGGUGCUGCAGAUCGGGCGAUUCACAGAAGAGGAAAAGAACUCUGUGGAGCUAAUCAAGAAAUACUUUGGAAAGAAGUCAGAGGACUUCAUCAUCAUCUUAUUCACCAGAGGAGAUGAUCUCGAAGAUGGAUCAAUUGAAAUGUACAUAGACGAAGACUGUGCUGACUUUGUCAAACAUCUGAUUGAUGAUUGUGGAGGAAGAUACCAUGUGUUUAAUAAUAAAGAUAAACAAAACUGCACACAAGUCAGUGAACUGAUAAACAAGAUUGAUUCCAUGGUGAAGAAAAAUGGUGGCAGCUGCUUCACCAAUGAGAUGUUCCAAGAGGCCGAGGCAGCAAUAAAGAAGGAAGUGGAGAAGAUCCUGAAAGAGAAAGAAGAAGAGAUGAAGAUAGAGAGGGAGGAACUUGAAAGGAAACAUGAGGAAGAAAUAGAGUAUCGAGAAGAAGAACAAAAACAACAGGAGGAACAAGCAAUACUUGUCCAGCUCCAAGAAGAAUAUGAGAGA